CAUCAUGUCCGUCCCAAGACCUGGAAUGCGGCCUAUGCCGCCCAGAACUGGCCCCAGAGCGCCCCCAAUGGGACGUCUGGCCAGUCUCAAGCCAACAGGCUCAACCCCUAUCAGGCGGCCACAGCCGAUUUCCCGGCCUCAACCGGUCAGGCCGACUACCCAUCCCAAGACGACUACCUGUCCUAACCCAGGCUGUCCGGCCCCUCAUAUCGUCGAGGAUGAGGGCCAGAAGGUCUGUUCCGGGUGUGGUACUGUCAUUAGUGAGGCAAACAUUGUCUCCGAAGUCACCUUCGGUGAAACGUCCUCCGGUGCUGCCGUCGUUCAGGGAACAUUUGUCGGUGAAGAUCAGUCCCAUGUUCGCAGCACGGGCCCUGGCCGAUUCCAUGGAGGCACAGAGAGCCGUGAGCUUACUGAAGCCAACGGUAAUCGGUACAUCACGCAGCUGUCUCGCGCCUUGAUGAUCCCAGAGAGUGCCUCAAAGGCAGCCACUCAGGUGUUCAAGCUGGCCGUCGGCCUGAAUUUCAUUCAAGGUCGUAGAACCAAGACUGUCGCCGCGGUCAGCUUGUACAUCGCCUGCCGUCGACAGGACGGCAACACGGUCAUGCUCAUCGAUUUUGCUGAUGUGCUCAUGCUGAACGUCUUCAAGUUAGGUCGGACGUACAAGGCCUUGUUGGAGGAGCUACGCCUCGGAGGCACCAUCUUCCUCAUGAACCCCAUUGAUCCCGAGAGUCUGAUUUAUAGAUUUGCCAAACAACUUGAAUUCGGACCUAGCACGAUGCAGGUCGCUAGCGAAGCUGUGCGCAUUGUGCAGCGCAUGAACCGCGACUGGAUGACUACAGGUCGUCGUCCUGCUGGUAUCUGUGGUGCAGCGCUGAUUCUUGCUGCCCGCAUGAACAACUUUCGCCGCACAGUCCGGGAAGUUGUCUACGUGGUGAAAGUCACCGAGAUCACGAUCAGUCAACGACUCAACGAAUUUAGCUCGACCGAGAGUGGUGAGCUAACCGUCGAUCAAUUCCGUUCGGUUCAACUGGAAAACGCACACGACCCGCCCUCAUUUGCUCGAUCCAGAGAGGGUCGGAAACCAUCGCGGUCCUUCAAGAGAAAACCCGCCGAGACUGCGGCUGAAAUCGAGGGCGACGUACCGGAGGCGCAGCAGCCCAGACGGGUCGACUCCGAUGGCUUCGCGAUCCCCAACCUUCCCAUUGACCCGGCGUUGAUGGCAACCAAUCUCAGCCAAAGACGGCAGUCGACUGCCUCCGUCACCAGCGAUGCGACGUCCGAAUUCGGAGAAGACGCCCCGGCAGGUCGCCCCAAGGGGAAAAGACCUCAACUCCCCCUUCCAUCGCCCGAACAGGUUGCGUCUGAAGAGGCGCUUGAAAAUGAAAUGGCCUCCUAUUUGACACAGGGCUCGAAUAUGGUCGAAAGCACUGUCAUUCCGCCCAAGCCAGCAGUGUCGGACAGCACAGAAAUUGAUGCUGCCGAGUUCGAGUCAGACCCAGAAGUGGCCCAUUGCUUGCUGACUCCCGCCGAAGUCGAAAUCAAGGAGCGAAUUUGGGUGCAUGAAAACAAAGAUUACCUACGAGCACAGCAGGCCAAAGCCUUGAAACGCGCCCUAGCAGAAGCUGAAAACCAGCCUGGCGCCGACGGCCGAGUCAACAAGCCCCGGAAACGCCGCAAGGGAAGAUUGGGAGAUGUCACGUAUCUCGAAGGAGAAGGAGAAGAUGGCGAUGGACGAAGUACUCGUGCCUCCACCCCUGCUGAAGCGACUCGGCGAAUGUUGGAACGCAGAGGGUUCAGUAAAAAGAUCAACUACCGACUUUUGGAUUCUCUUUUCGACGAUGGAGGCGCUGACGAAUCUUCGAAAGCGAAGGCCGAGAGUCUCAGUCGAAGCCGAAGUCGUAGUCAGAGUGUGUUUUCGAGGCGCAGCGCUAGUAUCGAACCUGAAGCGGUCACUCGGCGAGCUGGACUUGCAACCGCUUCGACAGCAUCGCCUUCUGUGCCUGCGGUGUCGUCCACGGUGCCACCUGCAGUGCGUGAACCCGCACAGCAAGGAGCUCAGCCCGGCCCCACAACCACCACAACAGAGAGACCGGCUGCGAACGAGGAGGCCCUGGGCCCUGCUGCCGGUGAGAAAAGUGGUUAUUCAGACGAUGAACAGGAGGAAGACGACUAUGACGACGACGAGGACGCGGAGGACGGUGUUGAGGCGGCUUUCGCAGGACACUACGGAGACUACUACGAUGAAGGAAGUGAUUACUAUGAUAGUGACUGAGUUUAGAGUCAGAAGCAGAUCAUCUUGGAAACCGAUAAGAUCUCCAGGGUUUGAUCGACCUUUCAAUAAACAGUAAGAACCGAUUCCAAGCCUAAGCUGAGCUGACGACCUCAACGGAUUGAAUGAAUUUCAAAGCCCCUACUUUGGCCUAAUAUGGACUGAGC